CAAGAAAAAGUAAACAAAUCGUAGAAAUCAAUUUUAAAAUUAUUUUUCAUUUUUAAAUACAAUACAGAACAAACGAAAAUCAUUAGGAAAGCGAAAUGAGUCCUUGCAGCACCGAUACCUUCAAAUUUAACGAUGAAAAGUUGUUUCAAGUCCUUCGGGACUGUUUGCCAGACGAUUUGACGAAUACUCAAAAUCUUCUGUGUGUUUUUGACGACGUUUUGUUUGCCUGGAACAGCAAAAACUGCUGCGUAUUGUCUUUAAAUUGGCGUUUGAAUCAGGUUAAAGAGCCUAAUAAAGUAGCUUAUCAGACAUUAAUUCCAUCAGCACAACAAAAUUAUAUUGUUAACAAGGUUUUAGCUAGUAAUGAGGGUAAUUUAUUAGCAAUAUGUGGUUCACGUGGUGUUUCAAUUAUCGAGUUACCAAGGCGUUGGGGCGAAAACGGACAAUUUCAGAACGGAAAGGAUGCGAUUAUGUGCAGAACUUUCAAUUUGGACGAACGUCUGUUCAGUAACAAUGUAAAUUUAGAGAUUUUACAAAUAAAAUGGCAUCCAGCAUCACCCACUGAUUCCCAUUUGUUAGUUCUUCUAUCUGACAAUUCUAUACGAGUUUAUGAUGGUGAAACAUUACGCCACGUUUGGCGCAUCGGGCCUGCUCCUUUUACCACUGUAUCCGUUGGAUCUCAUAAGAAUUUUAUGAAUUGCCUUGGAGAUACUGCAGUAGACUUCGACAUAGCACCUCCUCGUGUAGCAUCGGAUGCACGCAAUACUACUGACUUUCGCACAAACACAAUUUUAAUAAAUGACACGUUUGUUGCAAAGUCUAAGCAACCGAAAGUGGAAUGGCCUAUUGUAAUAUUACGUGGUGAUGGAAAUAUUUAUAUUUUAUGUGCUAGCGUUGAUACAGAGCGCCCGCAUCUACAGGGACCGAUUUCUUUUUUGCCUCAAGUGCAGGACAAUUAUGGCGUAGAUUCGUGCGGAAUACUCGUAGUACCAACACUUCCGCCAACUGUUGUAAUUGCAGAAUCAAGUGGAAAAUUGCAUCAUGCCGUGUUGGUUGAAAAAGAACCGGAAGGAUUUAAAAACACAUCAAUCGACGAGAAUGAUUCUACUAUAUUAAUGGAUCCUUCUGAAUGGGAUUUGUUUGUCAUUGAAACAGUCGAAUUAGAGUUGGGAUUAACAGAAAAAGCCGAUAGUAAAGUUUUUCAUUGUCCUCUAUUUUUGAAAAAGGAUAUCAUUAACGACUAUCGAUAUUUUGUUUACCAUAAUGCUGGAUUACAUGCCAUUACUAUUUACUUUAUUCAUCAGUUGGAAGAAUUUGUAAAUUCAGCGGAUGAAAACUUUGAAUCAUUACCAAUGUUAUCGACCAAUUCAUGUGCCGAGUAUCUAGUGUGCACAAGAGCUCUCAACACCAACAAACUUAAUCCAGUUUUGGGAUUUUCUCUUUCUCAAUCCCCAUCCGGACUUAUUGUUCUGUUGAGCUCCGGUCAAGUUGUAACUCUUGAUUUAAUCACCGAUCCGUCACUAAUACGAGGAUGGCAAUUUCCUACGUUUUCCAAAAUGAAAUCUAGACCUGGACUUGAAUCGCCUAUGAAGAAAAUUUUCAAAGACUCUUUUGAAAAUCACAUUAGGAACAUACUUAAAGCGGAAGUUUCUCAGCCAAUUUUAAAACUGGAUAAGAGUGUGGAGCCCAAAUCUCAAGAAGCCUUCGAGUUGUUACUGCAAGCAACACAAGUUCUAAGAGAACAAAGUUUUUUAAAGCACGACAAAAUACGACAAGAAAUCCAAAAACGUGUAAAAGUACUACAGUUGCUAAAAGAGCAACAACUGCGUGAAAUCGCUCAAUUACAAAACGAAAAGGAUAAAAUUCGUGACAAAGCUGAAAAGCUAGCUGAAAUGUAUGAAGAUAUCAAUGAAAAGCAGCAAAUGCUCUAUAAAAGAGCGCAAGACAUCGUUCGUAUAUCUACUCUUCGCUUACCGCAAUCAAGCUCAAUGGAAAAGGAGUUUUUCAAUAAUUUAGAGAAAAUAAAACAAAGAACUUCUUUGGUUACAAAGAAUUUGGAACAUGCAAAAAUUCGAAUUAAGGCACAAGCAGAAAUGUUGGAAAAUGCUAAGAAAACCGCCCCAGGAAAACGAGUGGUCCUGCCACCCAAUAAAGAAUUGGCCAUACAAGAAAUUUUAUCAGAUAUGACCAAUCAAAUUGAGACUAAUAUAAAUGAAAUCAAGAAGAUGAAUGCAAUUAUCAACAUCAAAUGAGAUUUGUUUUUGUUAUCUUUGUAAAUUUAUACUAGGUAGGUAUUAUAAUUAAGAGCCUUGAUUAACAUAAGAGAAUAAAUUUUGGUAAAAAAUAUUUAA